GCAGUUUUUUUCGCUGGCCCCACAAGAUCGGUGCGGAGUUUCAUUCAUGAGAUAAGUACACUAUCCGGCACAUUGUUGGAAGAGACGAGAUGCAGUGAAAACCGCAUCCCGUGCUGCUCCGCAGAAAAAAUAAUAAUAAAAGAAACCAGUCAAUACUAGAAGUUUAGUUUUGAUGCUGAAAUUCUAAACCGAGUGCGUAUUAUCGUCAAAGUACAAAAUAACACGUAGAGAAACCCAGUCUGGAGUCACAAGGAGAGCUAGUUUAGCGAAUGAUAGUUUAUUGGUUUUGAUUGGUGCAGAGAAUGAUCGGAGUGAUAUCGUAUGGUAAUAGAAAACGAGGAUCGAGUUGUUUCAAUAGUAAACCGCGAGGCAACAACGGAGGAAAACGUGCCAAAAAGACACGACAUUCACGGCAGCAUGCAUCGGCGGUGGCAGCAGCCAAUCGUCGCGGUAAUAACAGUGCUGGCCACGAGAGUGCGCUAGCGUUGAUCAACUGUGGCCAAGAGCUGACAGCGAAGAAGAGCCGAGCGAAAACGGUGGCGAAAAAGAAGCGCCACCGAACAGCGAAACCAGCAAGUAGCAGACGUAGCUCAGUGUCAGUGACAGGAGCAGUGUGUAAAAAACAAGAACAAGUACGAUCGACGAGUUCGGCAAGUUUGGCCGAUGGUGGUGCUGCUAGUACAAUGUGCGAAAAUAAUCCCGUUCCGUCUGGAGGAUCGGGUAGAAAACGGGGUCACCAGCAUCACCCGAGAUUCAGCGGCAGCAGGAAAUCCAACGUACCGGCCGAGGACGUGAUUGCAGCGCUGAGAGGAGCUUUCGACUGCGGCGGAACAAUUACGACGACGUCGACGGGAGGAGGAGGCAGUCUUAGCAGCAGCUCGUCGUCGUCGUCACUGCUGAUUGGCAACAGUAUAGUAAACACAGACAUAAUCAUUGGCAACGACGAGAAUGCAAAUCCACAGCAAAAUGUCACCGUCAAAGCGGGGGUGGAGGCAGAAGAAGAAAAACAAAUGAUUCUGAUGGCGAUCGAUGCUGCUGAUGAUGGUGGUGUUGAUUCUGUUGAUGAUGAUGAUGUUGUAAAUAAUAAUAGCCACAACCUAGGCCAGGAUCUCAACCCGGAAGUGGAACUGUAUCAAGAUAUCAGUAACAAUAUAUUAGAAGACGACGAAAGGCUGACAGAACAAAGUGAUGAAUUGAUUAAUCAACAACAAAGCAAGAGCAGCAACAGCAACUGCAAUAGUCUAGUUAGUAGCGAUAUAAGCAAUAGCACGGCUAGUAAUGUAAUAGUGAUAGACGAUGACGAAGAUGACGAUGGGAGAGGCAGCACUGCUAGUGGGGAACCGUUGGAGAUCACCAAGCUGGAGGAAGUUCCCAGCGGUCAGGAGCUAGUCAAGCAAAUUAGCAAAAAGCUAAAACGCAGCAAAAAGAGUCCGUCCUCGGAUGAUUCCAGUACUGCUAGCGCAACGCGGAAAAAGUCCAGUACCGGUAGCAAAAAAUCUUCCAAAAAUUCCGAUGGCAGCAGCAGUACCAGCAACGGCAAGCAGCGGAAAAAGAUCCGGGCUUCAACGGGUGAUAUUUCCAAACUGGAGCGGGCGUUAGGAGAUGGAGCACCGUGCGAGGAUGGGACAGCGGCGGACGAGAACGAUCCGGAUGCGGCAGAGUGGGCCAAGCUGCGGUGCACCAGCGAGCGGACUGAGGUCAUCGCCGAAAGGGAACAUCGACGGCAGAAGCGAUGCGCGGACUAUCCAGGGCUGGCUUUCGGACGGUCCAUAUUCAGCUCGGAUACAAUGAUGAAGUUCAACAUCAUCCGGAAUGAGCUGCACAACAUCAUGAAGACGCAAUUGAAACGGGCCGAAUCCGAAGUCGCUGCCCUGAACCGUCGUAUUCAGCUGUUGGAGGAAGAUCUGGAACGUUCGGAAGAACGUCUGGCUUCCGCCACGGCUAAACUGUCAGAGGCUUCGGCGGCUGCUGAUGAGAGCGAACGGAUUAGAAAAGCCCUUGAAAACCGUACAAACAUGGAAGACGAUAGAGUAGCGAUACUGGAAGCACAAUUAUCCCAGGCAAAACUAAUAGCAGAAGAAGCAGACAAAAAAUACGAAGAGGUGGCCCGGAAGCUAGUACUCAUGGAACAGGACCUGGAACGUUCCGAAGAGAAGGUCGAAAUGAACGAAAGCAAGAUCGUCGAGCUUGAGGAGGAGCUGCGCGUUGUCGGUAACAACCUGAAGUCGCUGGAAGUCUCAGAAGAAAAGGCCAUGGCAUCACGUGAUUCAGUCGAAGAUAAAAUCCAUCAAUUGAACGAUAAAUUGACCAAUGCUGAAGCUCGUGCUGAAUUCGCUGAACGUUCCGUUCAGAAGUUGCAGAAGGAAGUCGACAGACUCGAGGACGAACUAAUGCACGAGCGUGCCAAGAACAAAAUGCUUCAGGAAGAGAUGGAAGCAACCCUGCACGACAUUCAGAACAUGUAACGGUGGUAACUGAUGUCAACCGUGUUACUAUUACGCCUACUACGACUACAAACAAACUACCAACAGCAAACAACACAUCAACCCAAUCGAAGAUGGCGGAAAAGAUGCUGAAAACAAAACAAAAAAGUUAUGGGCCCACUAGUCCUCGGGUGCCGUGAAACAAUUCUUCCGCAGACAGCUCAGUUGUUCACGUUGCGCAUCGCUGCUGUUACUCAUCGCGUUUUAUUCGCAGCUGUCACAUCUACUUUUUGUUUUGCUGGAAAAGGAGACACACUUAACAUACUACUACACCCACAAGUAUAACGUUAAGGAAGGAUCUGUCACAAAACAAUACACACACACACAAAAACAUUUACCAACGCACAUACAAACAAAACAUUCUCACGCGGACACAGCAAAAGUCAGAGAUAUGCCACUGGAGCGAGUGCCAUCUACCGGACGUAAAACCGGUAGCGUGCGACUUGCCUUCGAUUAGGUCUAUUGUACAUUCACAUGCCAAGUGGACGAACAUUCCGCGCAUACAUUCACAUUCGAGUUUUUUUUUUCGAGGCCAAUCAAAAAAGACAUUUUUCUCUUGUUAAGUAGCAAGUAGGCUGAACAGCUUAAAGUUUAGUAGGAUUAUGAAUAAAAAAAAACUGUUACUGCCCCAUAACUUUAACAUUAGCAAUUGCGCCUUUCAAUCUUUCUCGCGAUUUAUUAUUGUUUAUCCUUCAAGAUGCCUAUUUUCCCUUAUUUUUUUUAAUUUGUCUUCCGGUUGUUUUGUAGAAUUAAAAAGAAGUCGCGCAUUUAAUGUCAACCAAAUGCAUUUAUUUGCUAUAUAUCAUUUUGAAACGCGAAAAAACGACCACUCCAAGUUUAGCGUGUAUGUGUCACCGCAGAAUCAAAGCGAUUUUUGAAAUGUUUUCAAUGAUAAUAAAUUGCACAAAAAUACAUUGCAAACUACCCCAUUAAGAUUGCACCCGUAGAGUAUUUAAGUAGUUCGAAGAUGCCGUGGAAUCGAUGAUACGUAUUUGUAAAAGUUAAAUCUGGAAUUAAAGUUGGAAUAACGGUUCGGUUAGGAAACGUACAUCCUCUCUCGUCGCCCUGCGUUCGUUUCGUUAGGAUUUUACACUCGAGUCCUCUUCUUAAUUUUAGCCUAUUUUUCGUUUCAUUCUGCAAUAAGUUAUCACUAUUUUUUAGAACCGAAAGGAACAGAUUAAAUGCAGAGUAAUUUAUGAAAGAGCAGUUCUUUUUAUAAAUAGUUUUAAGGAACAGCAUGAGAUAUUUCUGAUAAUGAGGAAAAACUUUGAAAUCGGCGGAAAAUCGAUCGGAAGAUCCGGAUUGGAACUCUGUUUAGUUAACAUUUUGAUGUGCCUUCAAUCCGUCAGUUCUGGCAAGCGAUUGCUUUUUCCGAUUGAUUUUUCAAGCCGAACAGAAGAGAAGAACGUGGCAAAGCCAUUUCAGCGAGUAUUUUUGUCUUCUCUUGCGUCGUAUACAUAUACUAAGCGCAGUUAAAUGGUAAGGACCGUGUACAUUAUAUUCCGUCAAGUCCAUUCCAUAGCGAUUACACAAAAACACAGACAGGAAAAAGACCAGAAAGAGAUCGAAAAAUGUACACGUAAACUUCACGAUCAAUACUGUUAGCAUUUAGGGAACAAAAGCAUUCAUUUCAACAUUUUGCCAAUAAACCAACAAACCCAACAACAACAAAACAACAGCAACUAUAAAAUGAUAUCAUAUUUGAGUGUUUAUAAUAAUAUAUUAUUUUAUUUAAAGCCGA